GCGAGUUGCUGAAGCGUUUUGAUGAGCUGAAGGAGCUGAAGCAGCAUCAGGAGUACCAGAAUCUGCAGCAAGAGAUGGAGAACAGCUCCAAAGAAGCUGAAGGGCAACAGGAGAAACUGAAGGAGGAACACCGGCGCAGAGCCAAGCUUUUAAGCCGGAAGCUGCGUGAGGCUGAGCAGCGGCAUCAGCGGCAGGAAGAGCUGGAGCGCCAGCGGCGGGAGGAGAGCCAAGAACGGCUGCGUCGGCUGUAUGCCAUCCAGGAGGAGGUUUUGCAGAUCAACCAGCAGAUUGGCCUCAAUUCUAGGCACAAAGCACUGCCCACCAUUGACCUCUCGCUGUACAGCAACCGUGGCAAUCAGAUCUGUGGGGAAGUGUCUGCGUUAGUCCGUAUGGCCAGUGAGGCUUUCCCCACCGAGGGAGACGUGUCUUCUGCUGAUCACGUACUGCUAGAAAUGCACCAGCUGCUUUCAGGCAUGCAGCAAGAAAUUGCUCUCGCCAUGGAAGAGAAGAAGAGGCAGGAGGAGGAGAUGGCCUUGGCUGCAGUUGCAGCAGCCAAGGCAAAAGAAAUGGAGGAGCUGCAGAAACGGGAGCUGGUGAAAUCCCAGGUUUCGGAUCAUGGAAAGCUUGUUGGAGGGCUUCAGGUAAAGGCAGACAGGUCGGCCAUGCAGUGGUACCAAGAGCUGCAGAAAGAAUCUGAACGGUGCAUGGCUUCCUUCAGUCGCUUGGCUAACAGCAAAGACCCUCAGGAGAAAAAAAUCAAAAUGGAAUUACAGAAAGCUGCCACCAUCCCUGUUAGCCAGAUUUCUACUAUAGCAGGUUCCCAACUGAGAGAGAUAUUUGAAAAGAUCAAUAGCUUCCUUUCAGGAAAAUACGUGCACUGCGGGGGCCACAAAGUAUCUGUCACUCAGCACCCUGAAGGCCUGGAGUUUGUUUAUUUCAAGCUGGCAGAAAAGUUUGUGAAACAAGGUGAGGAAGAAGUGGCCUCUCACCACGAAGCUGCUUUCCCCAUUGCUGUGGUGGCGUCUGGCAUCUUGGAGCUGCAUCCCAGGGUGGGCACUCUCAUCUUGGCUCACCUGCACAAAAAGUGUCCUUAUGCGGUCCCCUUCUACCCUGCGCUGAAGGAAGGCACUUCCCUGGAAGAGUACCAGAGGACGCUCGGCUACCAAGUGAAAGACGAAAAGGUAGAGCCGCAGGAUAACUUUCUAAAACGGAUGUCUGGAAUGAUCCGACUCUAUGCGGCCAUCGUCCAGCUUCAGUGGCCUUAUCGAGAUAAGCAAGGGACUCACCCACAUGGAUUAAACCAUGCCUGGCGUUGGCUGGCACAGAUGUUGAACAUGGAGCCUCUGGCAGAUGUGACAGCAACCAUUCUGUUUGACUUCCUGGAGGUCUGUGGGAAUGCUCUCAUGAAACAGUAUCAGAUGCAGUUUUGGAAGAUGCUUCUCCUUAUCCGGGAAGAGUAUUUCCCCAGGAUCGAAGGAAUUACCAGCGCUGGGGAAAUGGGUUCGCUCAUAAGAUUCAAGCAGUUCUUGGAGGAAUGCUUACAACAACAGAAAGUUCCUCUGCCAAAAGGAUUUUUACCACCAUCCUUUUGGAAAUCGUGAUCCUCAGAUUCCUUGCACUUUUACAGAAGGUGAAAGAAUAGCCUUCUUCGGUUUUUGUCAUCAUAGAAAAGUCUGUAAGCAGUUUUACUUUUUUUUUUAAGCCUUUGGACUCUACAGAAUCCUAAAAUGACUUGCCAGCUUUGUAGGAUUGUCAAAAUGUCUUUUAUCAAAUGUUUUAAGCCAUUAUUUGCACUCACAUCUUUGAGCUUGAGGGGAGAUUUUGCACACUGGUGUGUCAUUCUGUUUUCCUGCUGUGUCACACCCAUCCUCCUAAGACACAGAAACAAAUUGGUUUCAAUGCCCUUGAGGGACUCCUGUGUUUAUUAACUUCAGAAGUUUAACACACACCAAAAAAAACACAUCUCUGUCUCCAACACUGAGAUUGAACUGGAAGAGAGACUAAUUUUUAAUUAAAGGGUUGCAGUGCUUUGCAGCAAAGGCAGCAGUCGCUCGUCUUUAAUUUUAAAAAGCAGGCAGAGUGGAAGCAUUUGAACUCAUCCAGACAAAGCUUAAAGAAUAUGAACUGAUUUGUGGACUUUUUUAAAAAAAGAGCUUUGCAUUUUUUGACGCAAGAAGUAUUUUUUUCUCAAAAUAGAACAGUGAAUGGGAAAGCAGAAGGUCCCGCUGGCUGUUUGCUUUAAUUUUCAUAAAAUCAAGAGGGACUGCUUAAAAUCAGUCUGGAACCCAUGGUUUUCUAGACCUCGGAUCCAAGCCCCAUUUAAUCCAGGCCAAUGAUUAUUCAAACAAUAGGGCCAUGGGAUUUCUGCUUUUGUUUUAGCAAUCAAUCUAAAAUGAGGGGGAAUUUAUAUUUUUAUGCGUUGGUGCCAAGCCGUAAAAUAACUCUGAUAACUAUAGACUUUUCACAUGCUCUGGAUCCCAGGGGGAGAUGUGUAAGUUGACAGCAAUUGUGUCAGCUUAACCAGGCAUGAAAUGUUGAACUUUUGUGCCAAUUUGCUACCGGGAUGGUUCUGCGAAUACGUCUUUGGAAGAAACUGCCUUGAAUGUCACUGAAGCUUGAAGAAGGUUUAUUUUAAAGACUUCGUUGAAUAAAUUGUUUUUAAUGUUUACGUAUGCCUGUUUUCAAAGUAAAGA